UUUUUUUUUGAUUCAUUCAGGAAAUGUCAUUUCGACAACAAAGACUAAUGACAUCAGUAACCAUUAUUACUGCUAUUGCUUCUCUAGUUACAGGUUAUAUUAUCGGAAAAUACACUACUGAAAAAGAAAAGAUUGACAAAAAAAUCAUAACUGAAGAAGUAGAAGAUAGUGAAGAUGAGUUAGAUGCUCUUCCUGAAGAACAAAUUGAUAUUAAAAAUUAUGAUAACUUUAAAUUGACACUUGUCGUUCGUUCUGAUCUUGGAAUGACUAAAGGUAAAAUUGCAGCUCAGUGCGGACAUGCUACUUUAGCUUGUUAUAAAGCAGCAAAGAAAGUAAACCCAUUGUUGUUAAAAGCAUGGGAGUCUUCGGGUCAAGCAAAAGUUGCUUUAAAAUGCGACAGUGAAGAUAAGCUUUUAGAAUUACAAGCUAUUGCUCAUAGUCUUGGUUUACCUGCACAAACAAUAAGAGAUGCUGGACGUACUCAAAUUGCCCCUGGUUCACGUACUGUAUUAGGUGUUGGUCCAGGUAUAUUGAAUUGUGUUAAUUUGACAACAUUAUUAUUUAUUAUCAAUUAUUUGAUAGGCCCUGCUGAAUUAAUAGAUAAAGUAACUGGACAUUUGAAACUUCUUUAGAAGAUCCCCUUUUUUAGAAAAUUAUUUCCAUUCACCCCAUAAGAUAAAAUGUUGAUUCUGUCUCGUAAUGACAGUAAAAAUAAAAAAGAUGUCUUAGUUUGUAACACAAUAAAUAAUUUCUACAUUCAUUUUCGUGAACUCCACAUAUUUUUUCAUUUUUUCUUUCUUCUUUUUUUUUUUGGUUUUCUUUUCCUUAC